GUGGCGCUCCAGCGGCCAAUAAACGCGACGCUUCGAGCGGGAGGAGGCGCGUUCUAGUUUCAGGAACUGGAGAGAAGAGCAGAAGGGCGUGUGUUAUUAUUAAUCAGCCGAGCAGAAAGUCCCGCAGUCUUUCUGACAGCGAGCAGACGAGGAAACGCAGCGCUCCGGAGAGGACGCGGAGAGCGCGCUGUUCAUGAGCCGCUCUUGAUUCAUCGCUUGUCACGGCGCGGCGCGGCGCGGUGCGUGGGUUACACAUCUGUGCUGUGUUUUACAGUGUGACUAAUCGGAGCUUUGACGCAGAGGAUUGUUUCAUCUGAUCCGAGCUGAUCGAUCCGCGGAUUUUCCUCUCGUUAUAUCGACCUACACACAGUUUAAUGCUGAGGACUUCUGAAUACCCAUCCAAAUUCUAACAGCUCAGUUGAUUCGUUUUUUGUUUUUUCACCAUUGUGGACCGAGUGGAUGGCUGAAAACGUGCAGCUCAGAUAAUUUCUAGCUGUAUUAUGUCUUGUGAGGAAUCUGUCUUGCUGUUUCAAUGACGGGUAAGAUGGAAACGCCCUUCUAUCACGAUGAUAGCGUUCCAAACUUUGGGCAAAUUCCAGAUUAUGAACGAUACCAAGGUCACAAGAUUAUGAGCAAGAAGAACAACAUGCCGCAUAAUUUCUCCAACAGCGUGGGGAAUGCCUCGAGCCUCAAAAUCCUGCAGGGACAAGCUGCGAGCAACAGCCUGGGCAUGAGCGGCAAUCCCAACGGCUCGCUGAUGUCUUCAUCAGACAUGAACCUCCUGAAGCUGUCCUCUCCAGAUCUGGAGCACCUGAUUAUCCAGUCUAACCAGGGGCUGGUUACUACAAGCCCGGCUCCCAACGCGUCUGCUAAUCCCUUCAUGUACCGAAACCAGGCCACGAACGAACAGGAGGGAUUCGCAGACGGCUUCGUCAAAGCUCUGGCCGACCUACACAAGCAGAACCAGCUGGUCGGGGCCCCCAUGUCGCCCUCCUCCUCCUCCAUCCAGGGCUCCUACCAGAGGAACCUGAUGCCGGGUGGAGACAUGCCCAUCUACACCAACCUGAGCAGCUACAACCCCAACCAGCUGCCCUCCUCUUACCCCGGGGGACAGAUCGCCUACACGUCUGCGGCCCAUGCCUCGGCUCACCCCAGCCAGGGCCACCACCCUCAAGGACGGGGCCUGGACGCUCCGCAGACGGUGCCUGAGGUGCCGCACCCACCCGGGGCCGACCCUGCCAGCUCCCCGCCCUCGCUCUCCCCCAUCGACCUGGAGACCCAGGAGCGGAUCAAGGCGGAGCGCAAGAAGCUGCGGAAUCGCAUCGCCGCCUCCAAGUGCCGCAAGAGGAAGCUGGAGAGGAUCUCGCGGCUGGAGGAGAAGGUCAAGGUGCUGAAGACACAGAACUCGGACCUGGCCUCCACCGCCAGCAUCCUGAGAGAGCAGGUAGCUCAGCUCAAACAGAAAGUCAUGAAUCACGUCACUAACGGCUGCCAGAUCGCCGUCAGCUCGGCCGGCAUGGCCAAGAGCAGCGAGAGCACCAGCUGCUGAAACCACAAGACACACACGAGGUUUUUUUAUUGACUUUCUCUUUAUCUCCUGGCCGCACUCUCACGCUCAUUCUCUGUCUCUCUCAACCCCGUUUUGCCGAGUGGCUGCUGUGGAGUAAUGACACGAAAGCGGAGAAGGGGCGAGACGGGGGAAGACCUGUCAGAGAUGCGCAAGAGUGACCCUGCUUUCCAUCUGUCCGACUCUUCAGGAAUGUCCUUCUUGAAAACUUGCACAUGCUCCCAAAGUUCAGAGUGCGUUCUUCGACUGCUCUUUGGACUUGUUGUUGUUCGGGUCAGUGGGUGCCUGACGAAAAGGCCAAAGUGACGGGGAUGCAAAUGCACUGCGGGUGGGAUGAUCACAAAGGGAACAAAAACUCAUGCUAGGAAUUCUGCACUUGAAUACUUUUCUUUUUUUUCUGCUUCACACCCCAGCUCGUAACCGAGAUUUUUCACUUCAAGCGGAUGGAAAGUUUACUCAAAUCAGCGUCUCUUUCAACCGAUGGAUGAACUUUAUAUGUUUUAGGGGUUUGCGUUUAUAAACAACAUGUAAUAUUAU